AUGGGGAACGGCCGCGACGCCUUGGCAUCCGGCGCCGGCGAGGGGAUUAGGGUCCUCGUUGUUGAUGAAGACCCCAUCCACCUCGAGACCAUGACCCAAACACUCAGGGGCUGCGGGUACCAAGGUAUGUCGUGUACCCUGACCUCGCUGCAGUUUCAUCUUAAUUUCUUCCCUUGCAACACCUAUACCGGUGACCUCACAUUGUUGGGGCGUGCAGUGACAACCAAAGCCUCGCCCGUCGAAGCACUGCAAGAGUUACAGGAGAACCCAGACGGGAUUGACCUCGUCAUGACGGUGGCGCACACCCGGGCGGAAGGAAUCGAUGGCUUCACCCUCCUCGAGCAGGCCAGGGAUCAUUACCCUGUCAUCUUGUUCUCUGGCGACGCGACGGCAGAGACGGUGAGGAGGGGGUUCAUUGGAGGUGCAUGUGACUUCCUAACCAAGCCCCUGCAUGAUGAUGUUAUGCGCAACAUCUGUCAUCAUGUCAACCAGCGGAGGCUCAACAUUGCCCCUACCGCUGUCCACAUGAACACUGAUUCUCACAGCAACCGCAUUGUCCAUCGGGAUGGCAAUUCAGGAAAAAGACUAAUAGAAAUGGACGACUCCAAUGAGGGGGGCUCUGAUGGCAGGAUCACCAAUGGGAUCAAGUUUCACUGGACUGCACAUAAGCACGCACUAUUCCACAGAGCCACCAACAGACUCAAUGAAACAAAAGACUAUACUCCGGGAAAUAUGAGAGAACUUAUUACGGAGGACAAUAGUGAAAAUGCAACUACAGAUAAGGACAGCAGCGAUCUGCAGAAAAACAAAGGUGACUACUCAACUGAUUGGCUUUCAACCAUGCCCACUAUACCAACACACUAUAACAAUUCUUUGAAUGACUAUCCGAAAUAUCAAGUUAGUGAGGGAACUUUCGAGUUCAAUAUAGGAUCUGAGGGAGCUAUAAAUCUUAACCAAAUAAGUCAGCCAAGUAAUAUUGCAACACCAGUUGGUUAUGAUUUUCAUGGAAAUGAUGGCAGCACGACUAGUCUUUGUGGAGGUACUCUUAGGGGACGAGCAUCUAAUACUAAAAAUGGUCACGGUUAUACUAAUGGUAAUGGUGCUCAUGUUGGAGUUCUAGCAAAUGGAAGCAUGGUUAGUGCAUCACAACCAUCCAAUCUUUCACAAACAGCACAGCAGCCAAUGCCCACUUUGAAUUUAUUUCCAAGUAAUACAAUGUUUGCCAUGGAUAAUCCAAACCAUAUAAGGCAACAGGAGCUUCUACCACAGUUAUAUCCACUCAUCUAUGACCCUAGCAUUGGAGGGAUAAGGAUGUUGACUCCGUCUCUAGAUGAUGGUGAAGACCUCCUCAGAACCUACCUUGGUGAGAACGAGGACAUGCAAAACACCACAAGCAUGGACAUGGCCCAUGGAAUGCAGAAUGCACCAACCAUGGACAUUACACUAGGAAUAACGAAUUCUGCAACUGUGGAGAUGACCCAAGAAAUUUCAGGAGAUGGUGCUGCUGGUCAGACCAGUGCAAUGCAGCUUCAAGGCCACGGCAGUGAGUUUUUCAAUACGGAUAGUACUACUGUUGAAACAGCCGGCAUAUCAGGUACAUGUGGACUAGGAACAGAUGAGAUGAUGCAUGGGGUAAAUAUGGAUGCAUUUAACAAAUUUAUGAAUGAGAAGGUAUGUACUAUUCUCAGUAUUAGCAUGCCUACAUUUUUCUAUUUCAUUGUCCUUCUAAAAUUUGCGAGAACUUAA